GAUCCCCCAACCAGAAUUUGCACUCACCCCUAUAGACGACGCCUUACUCCGAUUGCAGAACGACGAUGAACCAGAGUCCCCAGAUUUCUACGCCAACUCACCUACACCUUCCUUGUUGGAGUUUCUGCAGAACUUGUGCGGAGAAUCUGACUCCGCAGAAAACACUCGUUUUACACAGCAGACGACGCCCCCGCACAUCGACUAUGAAACGGGUGUUUCUUUAACCGAUCACCCGGAUGUAACCGAAAACGUUGAAUCGACGACGCCCCAACCAGAAUUUGCACUCACCCCCAUAGAGGACGCUUUACAUCGAAUGCAGAACGGCGACGACCUCGGAUCCUCAAAUUUCAACGUCGGCUCACCUACACCUUCCCCGUCAGAGCUCCUGCAGAACCGAUGCGGAGAAUCGGACCCCUUAGAAAACACGCGUUUUAACGAACCCGCGCCGUCGCAGGUUUUAUCACACGGCGAAGGUGAACGUGUUUGCGCGGGUGAAGAUGAAAUCUACCGAGCGACCCAACCUUUAGAAAUUGCUUCGGAUCAACCGCUCGAAACAGAACAGACAUCUACUUACCCAUCCUCAGGGUUUCAAGAAGGCUAUGGGUUGGAUGAGGAAGCGGCGAACGACGACGAGGGUGUUUCCCCCUCAACCUCACCGUCUCCGGCUUUAACGUCGGACGCGUCUGCGGGUCAGACGAGGCGGGUGGUUCGCGAAUGAUUCAACAACGUUGAAAUUAGGAGAGUUUUUAACGUACCCGAUCUCGGUAAUACCCCCGAUUUAGCGCAGUUUUACACAGACGUUGUCGGUGUUCUGGCAGAGUUAGCCGAGACGGCCGGCGCGGAUGCGGAACGAGGUGAUUUUGUUCAGUUAGAGCUCAUAGGCGAUGACGUGCGCUCUCACGCCACCUUGAGAAUGGACGACUCUGCGGACGCUAUUCUUCAGACUUUUGAAGAGUUGCUAGAACGGGUCAUUCAGUCUAACGCCGGCAUAGCUUCAUACGCCGAACUUCAAUUUGUCGUUCAAGUUGUGCGCAACCCGAGAGGCGGCGGCAAACGUAAGCUCUAAAAAACUUUAGAUUGUGAAAUACUGAACAAGAAAAAAAGACAUCUUUACGACGUCGGAGUUAGAAACGAUCAACUGUGCUUUGCCAUCAGUCUAGCGCAUUUGAUCCAUCCUGAUUGUGCGGACGCUCAAGCUGAGGCGAAAGGCCGAGAGCUGCAACGCUUAGCCGGUCUGGGGGAGCAGACGCCCGUAACUUUUAGCGACGUGACCAAAUUUGAGAACGUCUUGAAACGUAAAAUUGUCAUUUUCUACAAAAACCAAGGCCAGAAACCGUUAUCGCAUUAUGAGACCGGAUUUUCAGACAGAUCCGGUACGCUUUUUCUAUUCUUAUUUCACAAUCAUUACUACGGGGUAAAGAAUCCGAAAGGUUUACUGGGCUGUCGAUUUGUUUGCGAUUUCUGCUUUAAACCUUUCUCAAACCCGUAUCAUCACGGAUGCUUCGGCCACUGUUCGGUUUGUAACGACUCAACGUGUUCAACCGUGCCGGGUUCGAGGAAAGAAUGCCCGGAUUGUAACAAAAUAUGUCGAUCGCGGCGUUGUUUUGAAAAACACAAAGAACCUAGGACCGGUCAGAAUACGGCCAGCGCAUGCGACACUUUCAAACGUUGUAAAAAAUGCAAAAGAACGUGUUACACACCCAUCAGCGGCGUGGCCCCGAAGCACGAUUGCGAAGCGUUAAAAUGUAAAAUCUGCAAAGAAAAAAUAGAGGGAGAUUUUAAAAAUCACUUGUGCUACAUUCAGCCUUUACCCCCCACUCAGGAUCAUAACGACAAGAUCGUCUUUUACGAUUUUGAAACGUUCCCCGACAAAAACAACGAGCACGUACCCUUUCUGGUCUGCAGCAAAACUCUAAAGGGAGAACGAUGGUCGUCUUUCGGUUUGAACUGCGCCAAAGAAUUUGUCAAACGCUUCAGAAGACCAAAAUUUCGAGGGUCGGUUUUUAUCGCUCACAACUCGAAAGGAUUUGACGGCUAUCUGAUCCUCAAAGCCAUGACGACGUUAGGAUUAACCCCUAAAUUCAUCAUGUCCGGGGGUAAAAUUUUAUGUUUGAAAGACGAGGAUUACAACCUGACCUUCAUCGAUUCUUUAUCCUUUCUAACCAUGAAAUUAAGCGACAUGCCAGAAGCCUUGGGUUUUGAAAACCUAUGCAAGGGUUUUUUCCCUCACGGUUUUAGCUCGGAGGAGCGCUUGACGUACGUCGGAGCCUUUCCUCCGGCGAGCGACUACGGCUUUGAACGAAUGUCGGACGACCAGCAAAGAGAGUUUCAAAAAUGGUACGCCGAAGCUUCAAAGAGCGUCUUUCACUUUGAGAAGGAGGCUCGGCUUUACUGCGAAAAUGAUGUGGAAAUUCUGGCGGAAGCCUGCGUCAGGUUCAGAAGUCAGUACGUGAAAGAUUGUAACGUGGACCCCUUUAGCAGCGUCACCAUAGCGUCGGCUUGUAUGAAGGUUUUUCGAACCAACUUCUUAAAACCAAAAUCUCUAGCCAUUCCUCCCGCGGACCACUACAGACGGCAGAACAAAAGUUUUUCACAGGCCUCUAUUCAGUGGUUAGAAUUUGAAGCCGACGUCAACGGCAUAUUCAUCCAACACGCGCUGAACAAAGGGGAAAAACAAAUCGGUCCCUAUUUUGUGGACGGGUAUCACGAGCUUGACGGUAAAAAAAUCGUUUUUGAAUUUUUAGGCUGCUUUUUUCACGGCUGCCCCACCUGUUUUCAGCCUUACGACAAAUGCCCGCUGAGAGGCGUGAGGUUCGAGCGGUUGCAUUCGGAGGCUAUGGAGAAAAUGGAAAAGUUGCGAUCCGUUUACGGCGUCCAGACCUUCGUCAUGUGGGAGCACGAAUGGUCUGAUUUGACUCAAAAAAACACGGAGGUAAAACGUUUUCUCGAAAAGUUUCAACCCCCCGAACCUCUUUUACCGCGUGAUUCGCUGUACGGAGGCAGAACAUGCCCCAUGAAAUUGCGUUACACGGCGUCGGAAAACGAAGCCGUUCAUUACGUCGACGUGACUUCGCUGUACCCCUACGUAAACGCUACCUCAUCCUACCCCCUCGGCCACCCCACCGUUUUUCACAACAACUUUGACGACCCCCGAAAUUACUUUGGUUUAAUCAAAGCCAAAGUCUACCCGCCUAGGGGGCUCCUGCAUCCUAUUCUCCCUUUCAGAACUUCUCGAAAAAAGCUCAUUUUCACCCUAUGCAGGUCAUGCGCUGAAACCAACAACCAGGAGAGCGCGUGUGAUCACGACGAUGAGGCUAGAGCUCUGACGGCCGUGUGGGUUACGGUAGAGUUCAACAAAGCUUUGGAGAAGGGUUACGUCGUCUGCGAAAUUUACGAAGUGUGGCAUUUUGAAAACAAAAGCGAUACCGUCUUUACGGACUACAUUAACACGUUUCUCAAGGGAAAACAGGAAGCGUCGGGGUAUCCGCCAAACGUCAAUGACCGAGAGAGUCGUGAAAAGUACAUUCGCGACUACAAACUCCAUCAGGGGAUCGAGUUAGACCCCCAGAAAAUCCGUCUUAACCGGGCUCGGAGACAAGUUUCAAAGCUCUGUCUGAAUAGUUUAUGGGGGAAAUUUGGUCAGAGGAUAAAUCUUCUUCAGACGAUCCUGGUAAAAGACCCUGAAGAAUUUUUGCGGCUGAUGUUUUCGGGUCAACGCGACGUGGAAUAUUUCCAUUUUCUGAACGACGCGACGGCUCUCGUUCAGUGGAAAUACAACAAACGUUGUCUCACACCGCCGGGGAACUCCAACAACGUGUUUGUGGCGUCGUUCACCACAGCCUACGCGCGUCUGAAACUGUACGCUUACCUCGAACGUCUGCAGGAUCGUGUUUUGUACAUGGACACCGACAGUCUGAUUUACUCCGCGAAAGAAGGUCAACCCCUCCUCGAACUCGGUCCGUACUUGGGUGAUCUAACGGACGAGUUGAACGGCGACGUCAUUCAGGAGUUUGCGGCAGCGGGUCCAAAGAGCUUUCGAUAGCGUUAAAAACUUGGUGGAUGGAUUUCUCAGAGGUUCGCGAGGCGAAUCGUUGCAGACGCCCCAGCGGAUCAUCAGACGAGAUAAAAAGGGGUUUCUUUUGAAAAACUCUACAUUCCCCAAACGGUUUCAGGUGGUGUUUGAUAAAAGACGGCUCUUUGAAGACGGUACCACUUUACCUUUUGGAUAUUGAACGUUUACUAGGAAAAAAAAAAAAGUCACACCCUGUCAUGGAGGAAGUCAAUUUUGACUACAGAUUUGCGGGUCCUUUUUCGUGUCUGAUCGUAGGACCCAGCGGUUGUGGAAAAUCGUACUUUGUAAAAAAUGUUUUGGAAAAUUGUGACGGUGUUUUGGAUUUUGUACCCGAGAAUAUUGUGUGGAUUUAUAGUAAUCACCAACCUUUGUAUUCUGAUCUGAUGAAAACAAAUAAAAACAUCAAGUUUGUAGAA